AUGUUAAUUCACCAAAAAAAAGAAUGGAAGACAAGUUACACAGCAACUUGACCAUCACCAAUGGUUCAACUUCUAGUCAAAAACCACAUGAAGGCCAUAGUCUUUGGGAAGUAAUCACCAUUGCUACUGUAACGGCCAUUUUAAGUUUGAUAACCAUUGUGGGAAAUGUUCUGGUAAUGAUAUCAUUCAAAGUCAACAGCCAGCUCAAAACAGUGAACAAUUACUAUUUACUCAGUCUUGCCUGUGCAGACCUUAUUAUUGGAAUAUUUUCUAUGAAUCUUUAUACAUCAUACAUAUUAAUAGGGCACUGGUCUCUUGGAAUUUUGGCAUGUGAUUUAUGGUUAGCACUCGAUUAUGUAGCUAGUAAUGCUUCAGUAAUGAAUUUGCUAGUUAUCAGUUUUGACAGAUACUUUUCUAUUACACGUCCUUUAACCUAUAGGGCUAAACGCACACCCAAAAGAGCUGGGAUUAUGAUUGGUUUGGCUUGGCUAAUUUCUUUUAUUCUGUGGGCACCUGUAAUAUUAUGCUGGCAGUAUCUUGUAGGGGAGAGAACUGUCCCACCUGGAGAAUGUCAAAUACAAUUUUUGUAUGAGCCUAUUGUUACCUUUGGUACCGCAAUUGCUGCUUUCUAUAUCCCAGUUUCAGUGAUGACUAUUUUAUAUUGCCGCAUUUACAAAGAGACUGAAAAACGAACCAAGGACUUAGCUGAGCUUCAGGGCUCCAGCUCUGUGACUGAGUUUGAAACGAUAAAGCCUCAGAAAACACUGCUGAAAUCUUGCUUUAGCUGCAGACAACAAAAUUUGACCAAAAGAGACCAAUCUCAGGCUUCGUGGUCUUCAUCCAGUCGAAGUACUUCUGCCACAGCAAAAGCAUCUCAGAUUCAAAACACCUGCCAAGAUUGGUCUAGGGCAGAGCAGCUGACCACUUGCAGCAGCUAUGCCUCAUCUGAAGAAGAGGAAAAAUGUCCCCCUGAUUCAGUCUUUCAAGUAGCUUAUAAGACCCCUGUAAAAGAGCUGGUUGAUGAGCAAAAAGUAGAGAAAAAGGAAGCUUUUAUCAAAGACCAACAUAAAGAGAAUGACUAUGACACCCAGAAAUAUUUUCUAACCCCAACCAAAAGUCAGGUGCAAAAAAGUAAUAAAUGUGUAGCUUAUAAGUUCCGGUUGGUGGUUAAAGCUGGUGGUGCACCAGAAACUAACAAUGGCUGCCGAAAAGUCAAAAUCACUCCUUGUUCUGCCAGUUUAUCCAAAGACGCUUCCAUCAAAAAUAUGGAUCCUAAUCUAAGUAAUCAAAUUACUAAAAGGAAAAGAAUGGUUCUUAUAAAAGAACGUAAAGCAGCCCAGACUCUAAGUGCCAUUCUUCUAGCUUUUAUAAUUACCUGGACCCCCUACAACAUAAUGGUAUUGGUUUCCACAUUCUGCUCAAAUUGCAUUCCUCCAACACUGUGGCAUCUUGGCUAUUGGUUGUGCUAUGUAAAUAGUACUGUGAACCCAAUUUGUUAUGCCUUGUGUAACAAAACAUUCAGAAAAACCUUUAAGUUGUUGCUCUUCUGUCAAUGGAAGAAGAAAAAAAUGGAAGAAAAAUUAUAUUGGCAGGGUAAUACAAAGCUGCCUUAAGUUAAAAUGAAGUAGCUUAAACACAAUAAUCUUGGCCAGAGAGUGUAUAUUAGUUACAGGUCUUUAUUUGUAAAGUUGUUGUUUUGUGUGUUUGGAAGCAAAAGAAGCAACAUUUCUAUGAUUUAUGAUAUGAAGGAAGCAGUCACAAUGUUCAACAUUUCUGUAAUUGGAACAAUUCAAAGGCGCAUUUUGAGUGUUGUUAUUAGGACAUUUGGUCCUGCACUUCUGCUCAAUAAUGGCAGGACAUAGGACCUUAAUAAUUGGUGAUUGAACAGAUCCAUAAAUGUAUUUGGUUCACAUUCUUGCAGAGUAACAUUAUGCCUUCUUAAAUAU